AUGGUUGAAGUAGAAAUUGUUGAAAAAGAGAAAUUCCAAGAAAUUAUGUCUAAAAUUCGUAAUGAAAAUGAAAAGACUAAUUGGAUUUGUUUAACUUAUGAAGGACCAAAGAGUAAAAAACUUAUUAUUGCUGGUUCUGGUGAAGGAGGAGUUGAUGAAUUGAAAACACUUUUCAAAGAUACUGGAAUUUACUUUGCAUUUGCUAGAGAUUUUGAUAAAAUUGAUGAUUCUAUUUGUGUUAAAUUUGCUUUCAUUGAAUUCAUUGGUGAUAAAUCUCCAAGACUUCAAAAGGCUGGUGUUGGAAUGCAACUUAGUUCAAUUCAAGAUCAAUUUGGACAAUUCCAUAUUACUCAUAUGUGUUCAGACCUUGAAGACGUUUCCGCAGAAAUUAUUUUAGCUAAGAUGAAGAAUGCUUCAGGAUCAGCUUCACACGUUCUUUAA